AUGUCCAAGACUCUUCACCAUGCAAAGAUCACGCCGCACCGGAGUGGCACCCGCGGCCAUGCAGACCACGGCUGGCUCAACACCUACCACAGCUUCUCGUUCGCCAACUGGUACGACCCGCGCUUCAACAACUUCGGCGCCCUGCGCGUCCUCAACGAGGACCGCGUCAAGGCCAACUCGGGCUUCCCCACGCAUCCCCACCGAGACUUUGAGAUCUUCAGCUACAUCCUCUCGGGCGAGCUGACCCACCGCGACUCCAUGCUGCAGAAGGGCGCCGAGGGCGGCCAGAGCGACAAGUUCUACCGCAUGCACCGCGGCGACGUUCAGUUCACCACCGGUGGCACGGGCAUCGCGCACUCGGAGAUGAACGAGCACAACAAGGACACGGUGCACUUCCUCCAGAUCUGGGCCAUCCCGUGGAAGCGCGGCCUGCCGCCUACCUACCACACGCGAAACUUCCCCGAGGACGAAAAGCGCAAGGGCUUCGUCAAGAUCCUGUCCCCGCUGAAGGCCGGGCCCGAUGCCACGGCGGCCGAGGAGAAGGCCGCGGAGCCAUCGAUCCCGGACACGAUCCCGAUCCACGCCGACUUCGUCAUGGGCGCGGGCAUCAUCGAGCCCAGCAAGGUCUUUGAGUGGAACGUCGGCGCCAAGGUGACGGAGCAGACGAAGCGCAAGGUCUACAUCCACCUGCCGAUGACCAAGAGCGGCAAGGCCAAGAUCAGAAUCGACGGCCGCGACGACGCCGUCUUGUCUGAGGGAGACGGCGCGUUCAUCGAUGCUGUCAACGCUGGGGACAAGUUGAAUGUCGAGAGCGUCGGCGAAGCCGAGGCCGAGGUCGUGGUUCUGGAUACGGCAUGA